CGUCACGGUCUCAGAAGCGGUUGCAAAAUGAGACGCGUUUCAACAACGUGUGCCUCUGCCCCAGUUGAUUUUAUGUGAAGUCCGGCUUCAUUCACAGCAAGAAUAACUCCCUUAAAGUGCAGGAAGUAUGGCUCUGAACAAGUCUAUGCAUCCCCGGAACCGUUACAAAGACAAGCCCCCAGACUUCGCCCACUUGGCGUCCAAGUAUCCAGACUUCCAACAGCAUGUACACACUAGUCUCACUGGCCGGCCCACGGUCAAUUUCAAGGAGCCGGAGGCAGUGCGUGCUCUGACCUGUACCCUGCUGAAGGAGGACUUUGGUUUGACCAUCGAGAUCCCUCUUGAGCGUCUCAUACCCACCGUACCCCUGCGCCUCAACUAUAUCCACUGGGUGGAGGAUCUAAUUGAUGGCCAGGGCCAACCACGCAAGGGCAUCGACAUAGGCACCGGCGCAUCUUGUAUCUACCCAUUACUGGGAGCCACUAUGAAUGGAUGGUACUUCCUGGCCACUGAGGUAGACGACAUUUGCUUCAACUAUGCUACAAAAAAUGUGGAGCAGAACAACCUCUCUGACCUUAUUAAAGUUGUGAAGGUUCCCCAGAAGACAUUACUAAUGGAUGCUUUGAAGGAAGAGACGGCCAUUGUGUACGAUUUCUGCAUGUGCAACCCUCCCUUCUUUGCCAACCAGCAAGAGGCUAAGGGAGUGAACUCAAGGAACUCAUGGCGACCCCCUCCCAGCUCAGUCAACACGGGUGGGGAGACAGAGAUCAUGGCAGAGGGCGGCGAGCUGGAAUUUGUCAAAAGGAUCAUCCACGACAGCCUGCAGCUCAAGAAACGCCUGCGGUGGUACAGCUGCAUGUUGGGGAAGAAAUGCAGCUUGGCACCAUUGAAAGAGGAGUUGAGAAAACAAGGGGUGCCUAAGGUGACCCAUACGGAGUUCUGCCAGGGACGAACCAUGCGCUGGGCGCUGGCCUGGAGUUUCUAUGAUGACGUAAUCGUUCCGUCUCCCCCCAGUAAGAAGCGUAAGAUAGAUAAAGUACGUAAGCCCCUGACCUUCAUACUUUUGGAAGUUGUUCUGAAGGAGCUCCAGGCCAAGGCCUCUGUGAUAGGCUGCUCAUCCUCCAGCCCUGUGGACGGUGUCACUGUUCUGGUAGAAAAGACACUCACUGAACUACGGGUGCUGCACAAGCGAGUCCCAUGCAGAAACCAGCAGCAGAGCCUGUUUCUGACCGCUGUGGAGAACACUUGGAUCCAUGGACGACAGAAACGACGCGAACAGAAACGUCAGUUGCGAGAGCUGCCCAGAGCACCGCCCAGUGCUGGAACAUGCUCUCAAAUCACUAGGGCAACAGCUGCCCCUGCCACUGAACCAUCUUCCCAAACCCAGGGACCCUCCAUAAAAAGCAGCGACAUCCAGAGCAGCACCUGGGACAAAGCUCCAGCUUCACAGGCGCCAACAAAGCAAACAUCCAUCAGUGGCUCCUCAGACAACAAAAUGAGUGGAAAAGGACCUCAACAAACAACUGAGGAACAAAGUGAGGUUUUAGAGAACACAACAAGCAAAGAUGUGGAUAUGGAAUCUCCCACCCUCACCGAGGCCCCAGCACAGUCAGCAGCAGCCGCUGGACAGGAAACUAGUCCAAAGGAAGGACCUGCCACAGCACUGGCAAUAACAGGCACCGCACUGGGAGAUGUGCCAGCAAAGCGGCCCCUGAGCCCCAGUGCAGUUCAACACUUCCUGUUUAAGUGUCUGCUCAAUGUAACGCUGGAGGAGAGUGAUAUAGUGAUUGAGAUGCAUUGGGUGGAGGGCCAGAAUAAAGACCUGAUGAACCAGCUGUGUACCUACCUCAAGAACACACUCUUAAAGUUGGUGGCAAAACCCUGAAUGGCAGGAGUAAUGGAAGAAAUGUUUUUUUUUUUUAGUUAGUAGAGUGGAUGCAAGUAAAUCUGAGCAAUAAAAUUACUUUUAGAAUGUAGACUCAAGUGCCUUCCUGUUAUAUCUGAAUGCAAAAGCUUUCCAUGCAUUUCAAAUGAUCCCAUGGUUGAGUUGGUUGAUCCCAUGGUUGACUUGUUCUUCUUUCAGUUGCCGUUUGUGAGAGAACCAAAGGUUGUUUUUGACCAAGUUGUAACUUCUGCAAAGGUCAUACUCAUGUAACACGUGGCCUGUUAUUUCAGGUCGUAUGUAUGGAUUUAAUGUACCCGAGUGUCCCUUUCAAGUCAUCUCACAGGUUAGUAUUGUUGUAGCUCUAAUUUUCAAGGAAUCGUUUUUAAUAAAUAUU